AUGUCGAGAUCUGGUCGCUCGGUUCCGUCUAAACGGUCAUCAGUAGAACUUUACCUCCAUCUAGCGUUAAAAUGUUUACUCCUUUUUAAUUUAAAACAAUAUCAAACACGAAAAGGAAACGUAGUCGCAUUUUGUUUUUGCCCAGAAAGGUUGCUAGCACUAAAUAAUUUACGUUCCCGAGUGAACAGAGUGAGACUGAGCUGAACCAACGCGGAGAGAUAAUUAAAGUGACACCCGCUGACCACCCAUGUUGUCUCUUCUACUGUGCCGAGCCUGCGAAGGAUCUCAGACAUGGACAGCAACAGAAAGAAGGUGAAAUUCAGCUGGCGACGAACUUCUAUCACCUCACCGACACAACUUCAAGAGAGAGAUGCUGGGUUCGCUACACCUUCUCGCUGGAAUACCCUCUCGCCCAAUGAAGAUUCAAACACCUUGCCCUUCAGUGACUCUCCAGGACCUGAUGGCCUUGGAGCAAUGAGUCUGGACACUCCCAAGAGAAAAGCAGAGGUGCUCAGUGAUAGCACACCCUCUGUAGGCAAAGUCAAGCUGAGGAAGCUUUCCAGGAAAAAUUUUGAAACAUUCAUAAGUUCCAAGGACACACCUAUGGACGACCCAUCCAAGCAGCUGGAAUCCACAAAGAGCCUGCAAGUAUCACCACCUCCAUCUCACUCUUUCAUCUUGAAAAAGAAAGAAAGGACGCCUGAGGAGGGAUCCAAGGCUAUCUACAAGAUGGCUUUGAUUGCAGCCAUUGGCAGCAGGGGAAUGAAGCACACAACUACCAGUACCCCCAGCACUGACACCCUCUCUUCGCCACCUGCAUCUUCACCAGUGAAGACUGAAGUACCCAGUCUGGCAACACCUGACAGAACUGUUGACUGCUCUCCACUCAAACCCAAAAAUAAAUCAGAGGACAGAGGUACUGACCAGGAAGACGAGUGGUCCCCCACUCCGCUUUUUGUGGACUCAGGCGCCCAGGAUGACAGUACAGAGCCAAAAGCAGAUGUAAGGAGUGUUGUGCUAGAGGGAAAGGAUUCACACAAGAGGUUUGUUUCUCAGGACUCCGUGUUUGUAGACUCAGCCUUCCAAGAUGAGCUAUCUGUGCCAGAUAAUGAACCAGAAACUGAAGACUGCGACUCGUCCGUCCCUUCUCUGGAGUAUAUUCCAGAGUUGUUGUUUUCUCACACAACUAGUCAGAAUAACUCCUCCGACAGCCAGCAAUGCCAAAGCCAUUCAGUGAAUGCCCAGCCAGCCACAACUUCCUCUCUCUCCUUUUUAUCCACCAAUGAAACCACUGGGCCUAUCCAGGCAGCUCCUGGCGAAAUGGAGAUGUCUUUCCCACCGUCCAGGAGGACAGUUUUUGUCUCAUGCAAGCAGGCUCAUCCACCAAAUACAGGCCCUUCAAAGGCUUCCAGAGUUGACACCGAGAAUUUACGCACCUCCAACACUUCGACCUAUUUAUCGGAUCCUUUUGCUCUGCCACUACGCUCAAACAGAGGAGCACUGAACUCCACAAACACACGCAGGCAGUCAUAUGCUGGAUCUUACAUGCGUGAGCCCCCCUUCUCUUUUACUCAUGGUGGCUUUUCUAAGAGAAGAUUGUCCAUGGGGGCAGAACCUACUUGGACAAGUUACCCAUACAACCAGGUUGGUUUCAUAGACACACACUGCCAUCUAGACAUGCUCUAUGGGAAACUGGGCUUCCGUGGGACAUUCAGCAAUUUCCGAAGGUUGUACCAGAGCAGCUUUUCCUCUGAGUUUCGAGGCUGUAUUGCCGACUUCUGCAACCCGCGGAUCAUGGUGAAGGAGGCCUUGUGGGAAGGAUUGCUGGCUGAAGACAUGGUUUGGGGGGCAUUUGGUUGCCAUCCCCACUUUGCCAAGGAAUACUCAAGUGUCCAUGAACGCAACAUACUGAUGGCCAUGCGACACCCAAAAGCUGUGGCAUUUGGUGAGAUAGGGCUGGACUACUCCCACAAAAACUCCACUGACUCCUACAAGCAAAAAGAGGUGUUGGAGCGUCAGCUGCGAUUGGCUGUGGCCAUGCAGAAGCCUCUGGUGAUCCACUGUAGGGAUGCAGAUGAUGACCUGCUGGUAAUCAUGAAGAAGUGUGUCCCAAGGGAAUACAAAAUUCACAGGCAUUGUUUCACAAACAGUUAUCCAGUGAUUGAACCUUUCUUGACGGAGUUCCCCAACAUGUACGUGGGGUUCACAGCCCUGAUCACCUACUCCAGCGCCACUGAGGCCCGAGAUGCUGUCCGCAAGGUCCCUCUCAACCGAAUUGUGUUGGAGACGGAUGCACCAUAUUUCCUGCCAAGACAGGUGAAUAAAGACGUCUGUCGGUUUUCACAUCCUGGAAUGGGCAUCCAUACUCUGCAGGAGCUGAGCCUCCUGAAGAGAGAGGACAUGGCCACAGUCCUCGCCACCAUCCGAAACAACACCACUCAACUUUACGGCAUAUGAGCGUGAGAGAUGAUGAAUAAGAAAUUAGCAAGAAAGAACAGACAAAAUGCCGGCUUGUGACACACUAACAUUUUAUGUGGCUUUUUGUUUUAGAUUUAUCGAUCCCCCAUGUGUACAGAUGUAGGAGGAUGGAGGAACAGAUUUAAGGAGCAUGAAGUCUGCAGUCUCAUUUUAAACAAUCUGAAAGAUUCGCAAAUUUGUGCUUAGCAAAAGACCAGAAAAAAGGACUAAAAUAAAAUGUCUCCUGUCUGAUAGAGAAACUGUAUAUUAUUGUUUAUCUGAUUAUAUUUUAUGUGAUUCAUUGUAGAAAUUCUUCCUAAGCUUUAUCAGUUUUAAGCUUUUGUUGACACUCUUUGCCUGCUCUAAUUUGUUGUGAUGUUUGUCUUGUCUGGCUGCUGUACAGUUUGGUUUGAUGCAGUGGAGACAUUAAAAUCCUUUAAUCCUGCUCCUUUA